AUGGCUCCAGCCGUCGCCUACGAUUCGCACCCAAUCAUGCGCCUUGUCAUUCGCAUCUGUCGCGAGAAUUUCACGAGCUUUUCCGGCCACGAUCGCCUUGCGGUCUUCAACGACAUCUUUCAACCGCAGCUCUUGACGAUGGGUUUCGCGAACGGCAGGAUUCCCUACUUCGACUCUCUGGACAGUCAGUGGCGUGACCGGAUCCGAACUCAACGCAACAUUGACAGAUGGGAAACGAUUCUCAAAGACCCAGGAGAGAUGACAGCAGAAGAACUCUGGGCCUACAUCUGGCUCUACGACCUCGUACGCUUGACAGCUGAUCGACUCGGUCUGGGAGACCCGAGUACGGAGUUGGUGAAGUGGGAGGGAGUAGAUUUCAUCCCGCAGUUCAACAUUGAUAACGAGGUGUGGGAUGAGAUGAUGGAGAUUCGGAGGUCGAGCGAGCAGACGGUCAUACAUUCUCGAUCGAGUACCGGACCAUUCAUCGGGUUCAGGGUUGAGUUGCCGGGUGAAUGGGCUGGUGUGGACGGGUACUUCAACGUUGCAAAACCAGAUGUCCCGGAGAUGGAGUCGGAGGAUGAGGAUGACGAGAGUGACGAUGAAGAAGACAGUGAGGAGGACGAAGAUAGUGGUGACGAUGAGUGA